AUGUCCUCCGAAGCCCUGCCGAUCAGCCCCGCGCGCUUCGCCGAGGCGCUCAAGGACCUCUCCCUGAGCAGCCUGCACCUCAAGGUGCUCGAGAUCCGCAACUCGAUCGCCCACCUCGACUACUCCAACGAGAAGCUGCGCCCCUUCGCCACGGGCGCCGAGCCCGUCCUCGGCGCGCCCGCGGCCCAGCCGGACCAGGACUGCGUCGACGCCAUCAGGGAGAACGAGGCCGUCAUCUCGCGCAUGCAGGACCGCAUCCGCAUGGUCCGCGAGGAGGUCGAAGGGCGCGGCUUCAGCUGGACCGAGUUCCAGAGCAAGGAGGAGGCGGAGGCGGAGCGCAGCGCCGCUGGCAGUGGUGGUGGUGCAGACAGCCUGGAGAAUGGCGACGGCGGCGCUGCUAUAAAUGGACACAGCGGAGGCGCUGCUGCUGCUGCACCGGCGGCGACCAGUGGUGAGCGGCCGGUUGCAUCUGGCGACGCGCACGAGGCGUGGAGGGACGGCACUUUUCAGACUGGCAUGAUUCGCAACGGCGAGGUCCACAUGGAUGGGCCGCGGCCAGGCGGUGGCGGCAGCCUGUCAGACGAGCAGCUGCGGCGGGCUCUGGAGGAGCGAAUGAGGGUUGACGAGGAUGAAGACGAUGGAGGCAUGCAUCUUUGA